AAAGUAUAUAGCUGAAGGAAGACAAUGGAUCCUUCUUGGCACCUUUUCUUGUUUCUGGUUCUGUUAGUCAAGACGAGCCUGGUGUCCUCUUCAUGUGCCUCCGGAUGUUCUUGUACUAAUGACACAUUUGGAAGGUAAGCAACAACAUGAUUUAUGAUAGACCUAUGUAAUGACACAUUGCUUCGCAUGGUAUAAACGUUGUUGUGUAAUGUUCCAAACAAAUCAUUUAUUGAGAUUUAAUGUUAUUACUUUGAAAUGAUUUUCACAAUUUCUACCUUUAGAGUAAGCAUUGUGUUAGAGAAUAUAUAAUACUAUAUGCCAAAUAUUAUUUCUUGAAUCUGCUGGAUGCCAGACUUACAUUUUACAUGUAAGUGAAGCCUUCCCUUUGUUGCUUUAGUCGUUACACAAGAAUAAAUUCAAUAUAUACAUGGAGUAGCUAAUGCACAUAAAAAGGGCCAGAAAUUUUUCAGAUUACUUUACUUUCGGUAGUAUUAUUAAUGUUUUACAGUAUAAUAUAUUGAAACAUAUAACAUGGUACAUGUCCAGCGCUACAUAGUUAAACCCAUAAAUAUGUCUCUUAAUGUGUCCCUAUAAGACACAGGCUGGAAUAAAACAAGGGGCCACACUUAUCCUAUGUAUUUUUUUAAUGAGAAUGUAACUUACCAAUAAUUAAAUAAAAUACGUUUAAAUUAAAUUUAUUGUUAAACACCUGUCCCCUAAAAGAGACCCUGAGCAAAAAGAAUUUAUUUAAAUAGACACUCCCGGUUCUAAUUAUUUUUGUUUCGGUUUACACAUUAUCGUACUUAUAGCAGAACAUUAAUAUUAACAUUAAGGAUGAAUAGUUAGCUCCUAUUUAUUAUCAAAUACAUCUUGUGUAAUUUAUGUUAUUAUUUCUCAAUUAAAUGGUAAUUAUUUUAUUAAUUUUAGAGGAUGAAAAGCCUAGUAAGGUACUAUAGGUGCUGUGGCUGGCGCACUAACCACUGAGCUAUCUGCAAGCUGCAUAGCUUUUUAUAAAAUAUUGAAUAAGACAACUCUAUGCCUUUUUGGUUUCCACCACAGGUUACUGUACACCUGAGCUAAGGUGAAUAGGAGGCUAAUUGUUACUGUGUUGGGAAAAACAAACAAUACAAUGCUUUAAAAUGAGAAGCAUAUUAAUGUAGUUAUGUUUAAUUGUUAAGGGUAUUUUACCACUCUACAACUGCCUUCUCCUUCCCCAACUGUUCCUCUUUGUCUACACCUCUCCCUCCCUAAGCUUCUCCCAGCUAACACCAAUUAUCGUAUCUGCUUGAUUUGCAUAAUUUAUUGAAGGGAAAAAAAGGAAAAAAAGAAAAAGGUAAAAAUGAAUAAAAACAAACUGCACAGGGGUAACUACUUCCUGCACAGAGAUUUCUUGACAAUAUAUCUCCCCAUAGAUUUUCAGUGGGUGAAUAAAUGGCAGUGUAAGCAUGCGCAAAAUAACCCACUAGCAACAUUAAUGAAGCAUUGGUGCUUCUCAUUCAUAGUUUUUUGUUUUGUUUUUCAAGAAUGCCAUGUAGCUUGUGGGUCAGUUUAGAAGUGUAAACACCAUUAUAUGGUAAGAACAGCUAAUCCUAAAUCCCCAUUAAUCAUAAAAAAAAAAAUCACUAACUCUAUUUUUUGCUGAAAUGACACAGGCUAACUCUACAUGGAGUAAAAGUGGUAUCCAUUGUUGUUAUAGUACUUGGUACAGUAGUGGAUUAGUAAUAGCCAGGGAGAAUUCAAAGAUGUAUAUAUAAACUACUGAAAGUACUAAGAAUAUUUUUCAUUAUCUAAUGUUAACUUGUAAAGAACAGGUAAUUUAAAAAAAAAUCUCUUUUUUUUUUCUGAAGGAGUCUGCUUUGCAUGUCCUCAUCCCUUAGAAGAAUACCAGAUAACAUUCCUAAAGACAUCCGCAAAGUGAGAAUAGAAAAGUGUCAUCUGACCGAACUGUCUCGAGGAUUACUUGGUGGCAUCACAUGUCUGGAAUAUCUAUGGCUUAACUUUAACAAUAUCACUCUUAUGCACCUGAAAAGUCUAGAAGAUUUAAAGGAUCUAAAAGAGCUUAGGCUGCAAGGAAACAAUCUGCGGUCAGUUCCAUGGACGGCCUUUCAAGAUACACCCGUAUUGAAAAUCUUAGAUUUAAAACAUAACAGACUAGAUGUCCUUCCGGAGCAAGCGUUAAAGUUUUUAGGCAACUUGACCUACUUAGAUUUAUCCUUCAAUCAGCUUACCAUCAUCUCUAAAGACGUGUUUUCUAAUUGGCCUCUUUACCAAACAGCACAUAGAUCAGAAGGAAGAGUGGAAACGUAUUCCAAUGCAGUUGUUGCUCUACAUGAGAAUCCUUGGAUGUGUGACUGUCGACUCAGAGGUUUUGUCCAUUUUGUAAAAUCAGUCAGCCCCCCAAUUAUACUUAUGAAUUCCUACCUAGUAUGUGUCAGCCCAGAUUCAAAAGUAGGGAGAUUCUUUCAUGAAGUGGAGCUAAAUAGCUGUAUGAAGCCAAUUACCUCAACAACAGUAUCCAAUUUUACUGUACAGGUGGGUCUGAAUGCUACACUCAUGUGUCUGGUUAAAUCAGCUCCCACUCCUUCAAUCUUGUGGACCCACGGACUAAAGACCAAUAAAAUAUUUAAUGGUAAGUAUAUCCAUUGAUCUCCCUAAAUUCUACAUUUUGUUUAAAGCAAUUUAUUACAAUUUAGAUUUUCCAUUGAUCAAGUUACUAUAAGACCUCUUCCCUGAGAGCAGAGAAUAAUAUUUUCCAUAAUUUUUUUAAAGUUCCUUGGGACAUCCAAUUAAAAGUAAACUCAAUCCAAAAUGUUGGACAUUGUUAUGUUAUCUUUUUUGACAUCAAUUUGUUAAUGCAUUAUAAAGAAUAUAAGUUAUGAAUAUUAAACAGUUACGUCUUGGGGUAGCAACAAGCCCCCGGCACAAAACGUCCACGUCCUUCACCAUUUCUUGUUUGUAGAAGUGGUCAUGGAGAAAGAAAUCUGUGUGUACAGCAUUUCUGCUUGAAGCUCUGAAUGCACAUACAGAGAUAUCUGCAGUUUUGUGCUGGGGGCUUGUUGCAACCCCAAGUCUUGGGCAGCCAAGAACUCACAUUGCAAGAGGAAGCCUAUAUAUCUCAGCCUUCUUUCCUCCCUCCCCACUUCCCUGUAAAGUGAGUUAUUUUUUUUUAAAUUCAACUCCCUCUCUCCCUUGUCAAUCAGUUCCAUUGUUUGCAAGCUUAUUUUUUUCUUUUUUUUUUUUUUUACAUGCUUUCUUCAUCGUAAUAGUAUCCACCACUUACAUCAAUGAAGAGACCAUUAAAUCAGAACUCAUACUCCCAGUUGUGCACACAUCCGAAGCAGGAAUAUACAACUGUAUAGCUACAAACUUUUUGGGUAACUCUUCUACAGCAAUAUUUCUAAGUGUUUUGUCUCCCAAAGUAGCAGAUACUUCUGCAUUCAUGUCCUACACUCCUUCCACAUCUUCCUCAGAAGAAAAUGUUUUCAUAGAUGUGAGGAUUUCCAAACAGACAGUUUAUGGAAUUGCUUUGGAAUGGUUUGCAGUAACAGAGAACCCAGCAGAAACAUGGUAUACCAUCUAUUUUGGCCUCUACGGAAACAAGGAGAAAGAUGUAAUUAAUAUUGGUCCUGGUAUCUACACCUACUCUAUAAAUGAUUUGUUGCCAACAACAAAAUAUGAAGUGUGUCUCACCCUGAAAAGUCAGCCUCCCAGGAAGGGCCAGUGUAUUGUGUUCAUGACCGGAAGUGACGUCAGCGAAUUAGAACAAAGAGAGAAAUUAAUACAUAUUAUUGUAAUUGUGUGUGCAAUGGUCCUUGCCGUACCUGCUGGCAUGUAUGCAUGUACCACUGAAACAAGACUUAAUUGUUUGGAGAAGUGUGUUGGACUUUGCCGACAAAAACGUAAAGUCCAAAAAAACCUGAAAAAGGAUAAUAAUAAUAAAGAGAGCACUUUUGACAGUUUGCAAGCUAGUAGUGAGGAAGGCUUGUGUCAUCGAGAAGGCAAUGAGGAGAAUCGUAGAAGGAGAUGUUCAGAAGAUAAACCUAACAAGUCCAAACCAGAAAACAAAAAUCCAGCAGAACUUUAUUAACUUUGCAAUAACUAUGUAUUGUCCAAAACUGAUGUCAAAAUAAUAUUGCAUCAAUUUUUGAAACAUUCACCUAUAUGAAGAAGCGAUGACGUUUUCACUUGUACAGGUGCUCUAUAAUUGCAUAACAUUAAUGGUAAAGGAGAUAACGAGGUAGGAUAGUGCAUGGGUAAUGCACUAUUAAAAUUUUACUGCAGACUGUAACUUUUUAAACAUAUCAUGCAAUUUCAUGUCUACUUUUUGUAUGUUAUUUGUAUAUAUUUUUAUUAUUAACAAAUAUAUUGUCCUUAUUUUGUUUUACAGAGUUUGCGUUCCUGAAUUCUGAGCGUUAUUAAUUUUACUCAGACUUUAGAAGGG